AUGCGCGAAUACUCCGACCCACGAGUUGGUGACUACAAAGACUCCUACUACAAUUUGAAUCUAAAACUCUUCCACACUUCUAGGUGGGCUGCUCGAUUUUGUUGGCCCUACAUAUCGAUCUUCGUCUUCGUUGACCACGACUAUGUCCCGAAUCCCAACAAGUUGUCCAACCUCGUUCGUGACCUAACGCCGGAACUGCGCGAAAACCCAAACCAACCACCCCUCAUUCUAUGGACGAAGGAGUCAUCGGCAAAGCCCUCUGACACAUUCCUCGUCACCGAUAACCUUGGAGAUGGCUUCCUCUCUGCUUACAACAAGGCAGGCUGGGUUGGAACUCGCACUAAAUGA